GUGGUGUCUCUAUCAGUGGCGCAGCAGUGUACAGUGGCUUUAGUGGAAGAGGUUUUUUCUGUUCGUUGACGUUGUUCUGUUCAGUUUGGAAUCAGUCAAGUUUGGGGAGUCACUGCCGCUGCCGUCAACAUGUCGGUCCCAAGCUCACUCAUGAAACAGCCGCCCAUUCAGUCUACGGCUGGGGCCGUCCCGGUUCGCAAUGAGAAAGGUGAGAUUUCGAUGGAAAAAGUGAAGGUAAAACGUUAUGUGUCGGGAAAGAGGCCAGACUAUGCCCCUAUGGAGUCCUCAGAUGAGGAGGAUGAAGAGUUUCAGUUCAUUAAGAAAGCCAAAGAACAAGAAGCAGAGCCUGAGGAACAGGAGGAGGAUUCAUCUAGCGACCCUCGGCUACGGCGUUUGCAGAACCGUAUUAGUGAAGAUGUGGAGGAGAGAUUGGCUCGACAUCGGAAAAUAGUGGAACCUGAAGUGGUUGGAGAAAGUGACUCCGAAGUGGAAGGAGAUGCUUGGCGCAUGGAACGAGAAGAUAGCAGUGAAGAAGAAGAGGAAGAGAUUGAUGAUGAGGAAAUAGAACGGCGCCGUGGCAUGAUGCGUCAACGAGCGCAGGAGAGAAAAAAUGAAGAGCUGGAAGUCAUGGAGGUGGAAGAUGAGGGACGUUCUGGGGAGGAGUCAGAAUCAGAGUCUGAGUAUGAAGAGUACACAGACAGUGAAGAUGAGAUGGAGCCUCGCCUUAAGCCAGUUUUCAUUCGGAAGAAGGACCGGGUAACGGUUCAGGAACGUGAGGCUGAAGCAUUGAAACAGAAGGAGCUGGAACAGGAGGCCAAACGCAUGGCUGAAGAGAGGCGCAAGUACACACUCAAGAUUGUAGAAGAAGAGACCAAGAAAGAGCUGGAGGAGAACAAGCGGUCCCUGGCUGCACUGGAUGCACUCAAUACUGAUGAUGAAAAUGAUGAGGAGGAAUAUGAGGCGUGGAAAGUUCGGGAGCUAAAGAGAAUCAAGAGGGACAGAGAAGAUCGAGAAGCGCUUGAAAAGGAGAAAGCAGAAAUUGAACGCAUGCGAAACCUGACUGAGGAAGAGAGGCGAGCUGAGCUUCGGGCAAAUGGCAAAGUCAUUACCAACAAAGCUGUUAAGGGCAAAUAUAAGUUCUUACAGAAGUAUUAUCACCGGGGUGCCUUCUUCAUGGAUGAGGAUGAAGAAGUAUACAAGAGAGAUUUCAGCGCACCUACCCUGGAGGAUCAUUUCAACAAAACCAUUCUUCCCAAAGUCAUGCAGGUCAAGAACUUUGGACGCUCUGGUCGUACCAAGUACACCCACCUCGUGGAUCAAGACACCACCUCCUUUGACUCAGCAUGGGGCCAAGAGAGUGCCCAGAACACAAAGUUCUUUAAACAAAAGGCAGCUGGGGUACGAGAUGUAUUUGAGCGGCCAUCUGCCAAGAAGCGGAAAAAUACUUAACUUAUUCUUCCAACUAUGGGACACAAGGGGAAAUCUCAGCAUCUGGUCCUUGAUUGUUUUUACUACUAUUUACAUGGCCCCUGUAUCCAGCCUGCUGAGCCUACUGCCAUACUUGUGACACUGGGCAAACCUAGUCUUUGAGGUGCUUUGUGAGGUUUGGACUCAUGCUGAGAAACCUGCAGAAAAGCACUGUCCAGGUAGGAUUAGAGGCUCCCCACUUAGGACUAUUUCUGAGAAAUCUUCAACUUCAUUAUUGCUCUGGCUUCCCAUAUUCACUUGGGACUGUUCCAGGUUUCUUUUUCCAGCCCUUAGCUUGGGUUAGAAAAAUGGAUGGGCAUGUAAGCGGACAAUAUUACUUCUACCGUACAGGAAAUCUAAGCUCAUUGAAACCUGUUUUGCAUUUUUGGGGUAAAUUUUUCUAGAUGAACAUUACUUUUUGAUCCAUUUAUGUGUGUGUGUGUGUGUGUGUCAAGAAAUAAAAGAAUCAUACACCAAGAGGUUUUUUAGCAUACCAGAAAUAAAAUGUGCAGGCUGACAAGUAUCUACCUAUUAACUAAAAUAAAAGACAGCAAGGAAUUA